ACCAGAGAGAGAAAUUACAAGUGAGCGAUUCAGCUUCGUCUUCUUCGUCGGAUUCGAAGCCAUGAGUAGUGAAACGCAGCUUACUUAUAUCCUUCAAUUCAGUGGUGUAUCAAGUGGAAAUGGAUUUUUUGGAGAUGUUGCUUUAUCAACAUCAAUUGGACAUGGAUUUUCUGGAUUAGCUGAUGCAUCAUUAUCAACUGGAACUGGAUUUUCUGGACCAGCUGGUGCAGCAGCUAUCCUGCUUGUAAAAGAGCAUGGAAAGAGUGAUAAAGAUGCGACUGUGCUGUAUAUGUUCCGCCAAGGGCUGGGAAACCAAACAGUUAGCGUUGCUGAGUAUCGCGGAUUAAUUUUAGGACUGACAGAAUCGUUAAAGAAAGGAUAUACAAAGAUCGAUGUCCAAGGAAACUCCGAACUAGUUAUCAAUCAGUUUUUAGGUGAUUGGGAUAUCAACCACCCGGAUCUAGAGAGCUUAUGUCACGAGGUUGUGGUGCUGCGUUAUAAAUUUGACUCAUUUACCAUCGCUCACAUUGAUAAGAAAUUAAGCUGCUUAGUUGAUGAAGUAGCAGCCAUGGCCGUUUCACUCCCAGAUGGUGAAGUUAAAGAAACAUUCGUUGAAUGAUCAUCUGGCAGCAUGCUAUUAUCAAAAACUAUGAGCAACAUUACAAAAUACACUCACGUUUCUGCCUAGCAAUUUAGCAUGUCAAAGGUCAAAUACUUGUAAUGUUUUCAAUUGGAACAUGU